UUGAAAGCAUAUUUUACCAUGAACAUUUGUUUCUCGGCGAAAAAAACAAGCGAACGUAGCUAGCAAGGAUUAAAGAUAGAUAUUGAAACUAACCUCGUCAAAAAUUGCCUGUACUGGGGAUUCGAAAUAGCGAGUAACACCGACACUUCAUCAGGCGCGAGGACGCGGUCACGUGAUUGAAAAUGACGACGAGAAUGUAAAUUCCACCUCGGUGGUCGGAGCUAGUCCUGUCCUUUAAAGACUCGUCGUAAGCUACUCGUCAUACCUUUUUAAUUGUGCGGGCUUCAACGGGCAGGCCUUGAAGAGAGUACAAAAGUGCACCCUCAAAUGAUACCGCAUCACCACUCCACUUGACACGAACCACCAUCACACGUCCAAGAUAAUGUCCACCGUUAGCAAGAAAGUGAUCAUCAUUGGCGGCCACGGCAAUACUGGUCUGCGACUUGCCCGCAUCCUCAGCUCCGCCGCGCACUCUGUCACCUCGCUCAUUCGCAACCCUGCACACGCAGACGACGUCCGCGCUGCGCAAGCCACGCCGCUGCUGCUCUCGCUCGAGGAUGCGCCCGUCAGCGAGCUGUCGACGGCGUUCGACGGCACAGACGUCGUGUACUUCACCGCCGGCGCGGGGGGAAAGGGCGGCCCAUUGCGCACGCGGGCGGUCGACUGCGACGGGGCGAUCAAGGUGUUCGAUGCGAUUGAGGGCGUGGAGGCGCCGCGCCGCCCACGCCUGGUCCUCCUCUCCGCUAUCGAUGUGCGAAAUCCGGCUGUCGUGCCUGCACACUACAACGAGGACGAUAUCGCCAUCUCCACGCGCACACGCGCAGCGAUCGGGACGUACAUGCAGUGCAAAUACGAUGCAGACAAGAACCUGGCACAGCGCACCGCUUUCAAGUGGACGAUCCUGCGGCCCACGGGCCUCACGAACGAGCCUGGAACUGGGAAGGCCACUAUCGGCAGAACACACAUGAUGCCUCUGAUCUCGCGGGAGGAUGUUGCGCUGGCUCUGGCGUCCCUCGUUGACCGUGAGGGUGCAGCUGGACUGGGGAUCGAUAUUGUCGGCGGGGAGACGCCGAUUGCGGAAGGAUUGGACGCAUUCAUCAAGAAGGGAGAGACUGACUUCUUAGGCUGAGAAGGAGUAGCGAGAAGCAGCAGGAUAUGUAUCAACUGGCAGAUGAAUCUGAAACAUGACUGGACGAUUCUCGACCCCCACUAGUGCAGUACAGCAUGGAUGUCAGCGCAAUGCACAUUGGUGACGACUAUCAGGAUGCA